CUAUACGAAAAGAUAGAAUGGACUUGUAGAUUUAUCAUGCGGUGCUUCACCAAAAUCUUUGAGGGAUAUGUUUCUGAAACGCUACUACGCCGUAGUCCUAACUGUGUCGAAGGUUGUCUUUGUUAUUGCUACAAACUUAAACAGAGGAAAUGUUUCACCGAGUGAGAACCUACUACAACUUUGAACCUGGUGAUUUUUCUCAGUUUCCAUGUUCAACAUGUAAUUCGCCCCUGGGCCCUGGCCAUGGACAGUUUUAGACACCCCAGUGAGCGCUCUGUGGACAGUGGAAGUGCUUAAAAUGAGUAGGGCCUUGGUCACAAUUUUUUCAGAAUCUGAGAGUGGAAUACUUACACCCUGGUCUCUGACAUGUAGUCUCAGCAGUCUCAUUACAAGACAGAAUGUUGAACGAACUUCAUUUCAAUUUAGUUUACACCUGUUGUCCGCCGAUUUUUGUCCCUGUGUCGGAGGUAAUCUGAUACAAAAUGUCAGUGUUAUCAACCCGAACUAAGAAUCUGAAACCACAAGAAAAAAUCGCUGCGAAAGGGGGCAACACUUCAAGUCUCUUGAGUCAUCUUCGUGACCACCACCCGCUACUUUAAACUGAAUGCAAGGAGUGGAUUUCAAAAUGAGAACAUUAGAAGUAGAUGGCAUUAAAGUACGAGUGCAGAUAUGGGAUACUGCUGGCCAGGAACGAUACCAGACCAUCACCAAACAGUACUACAGACGGGCACAGGGAAUUAUCCUGGUGUAUGACAUCACAAGUUCCAGCUCCUUUCAGCACAUUUUGAAGUGGGCUAGUGACGUGGAUGAGUUCGCCCCUGACAAGGUGCAGAGGGUCCUGGUGGGGAACAAGGCUGAUGAGGAGCAGAUGAGGAAAGUUCCUAAAGAACAAGGAAGCAAGCUAGCAAAAACCUAUGGAAUGGAAUUCUUUGAGACAAGUGCCUGCACCAACUGCAACAUAAAUGAGGAGAACUAUUCAGGAUCUCCCCAUUUUAACUCAUUGAGGUAUGUGCGACCAGGAGAUGGCUACCAGCCUGGCUUCACGGUCUUUGAGAAGCGUGACGUGAAUGGAACCAACACCCACCCCGUCUUCGUCUAUUUGAACGACAAACUUCCCUACCCUGAUGAUGAUGAUCCACACUCCCUCACCCAGGAUCCUAAAUUCCUCACCUGGAGUACCAUCAGCAGGACAGACAUUUUGAGAAAUUCCUGGUUGUGCCAGAAGGGAGAGCCCUUUAAACGGUACAGCAAAAAAAAUGUUAAACUAUCAACAUGGAGCCUGAAAUCCAAAGCCUGAGUGUAACCAAGACUUUAAAAUGGCAUUCAAAUGUUUAUCUUGUGCACUACUCUUUCUUCUACACAAAUGACUUCACAUCUAUGAUGGUAGAGAGGACCUGUUAUGGUGUCGUCCAUCCUUUUGAGGUUUAUUGAGUGAGGGUAAUAUUCUAAAAACCUAUGGGAAUAUUAUCUGAAGCCUUGUAAAUGCUCAAGUGUUGUUGGUCAUGUUUCAAUAGUUUGUCUCCCCUAUGUAUUUAUUUGGAAAGUGAAGAUAAUGUUUAGUUUGGCGCUAUACUCCAGCGUUCUGGAUUUGAGAGUGUUUUGUGAGGCGACGGCACAGAAUAUGACCUUUUUUAUUUGAGGGUAUUUUCAUACAUAUCUGUUUUAACAUUUAGAAAUGAAUGCACUUUAUCUACUUCCCACAUUUUUAAAGGUGUCAAGUUUGACUAUGCUAACUGUAUUUGCAGUUUUUGGUUGUUUCCUAUUAUUUUGUGCCCAAUAGAAACUAAUGGUAAAUGUGUUGUCAUUUUGAAGUCACUUUUUUUGCAAAUAAGAAUAUAAUUUGUUUCUGAAAUUACUUUGACAUUAAAACAUUUUGAGCAUUACACAUUUGAUUUAGUAGCCUACUAGUUAAUUCCCCCCA